CACUACAAAACAAAAAUGGCCGACCUUACGUAUUGCGAAAGACUCGUAAUGCGUCAGUAUUUAUCAAUAUUGUGAUUCAAAACACUAUCACAUGUCGUGUCAGACGUUUCUAUAUCACAUUUGAACUCUUGCAAUCAUCGGAUAAGUGUGCCUUUCUUCUCCUGUGGAAGUAAUUGAGGAAGUCACCCAGAAGAGAUAAGAGAGUGAACAUAUUCGGAUGUCACUAAUAACCUCAAAACGAGUCUCGCUUACUGAGGAGACUUUCCAAUUUUUUACGAUCAACUCGUCUCAUUACCCUCGGAUUAGUCAUUUCAAUUCGUCCUGGACCAUUUAAAAAUGGCCGAAGUGUCCAACAAGGAAUACGAGAUUCGUUCAGGGAGGAAUAUGAACAGUGGAGCUGGAUCUGAUGGUGAUAUGAAGCUGGAACCAUCGAGCCCAACGGAAAGAUUCGGCUUUUCCCGAUGCAGUAGUACUGGAUCUGUAAAUACGCCGUCAUCAUCGGCUCAUAAUACUGAAGACGAAGACAGUGAUAACAAAAGUUCCACUAUAAGCUACAAGGAGCGUAGACGAGAGGCUCAUACUCAAGCAGAGCAGAAACGUCGAGAUGCGAUAAAAAAAGGCUACGAUUCCCUCCAAGAUUUAGUUCCAACUUGUCAGCACACCGAUUCCUCUGGCUACAAGCUCUCCAAGGCCACUGUCCUCCAGAAAUCUAUCGAUUACAUCCAAUUCCUGCUCCAACAGAAGAAGAAGCAAGAAGAGGAGAGGAAUGCCCUGAGGAAAGAGGUGGUCGCGCUCAGAAUUAUGCAGGCUAAUUACGAGCAGAUCGUUAAAGCCCAUCAGACGCAACCUGGACAGGCUGAGAUGAGGGUCUCUGAUGAAACUAAAUUUCAAGUGUUCCAGGCAAUAAUGGAUCGACUUUUUCAAACAUUCAACAAUGUUUCGGUGGCGAAUUUCGCUGAGUUAUCAGGCUGUGUAUUCAGCUGGUUGGAGGAACAUUGUAAACCACAGACAAUGCGGGAAGUAGUAUUAUCCGUACUUCACCAGCUCAACAAUCAAAUCAGCUAGUCAAACGAGAUAAACGAGAUAUCGAACAGAAAUUGAGUCGAGGAUCUUCCAAUUUUACCCGUGAAAUAUGAAAAUAAUUAAGAAGAGUUACCAAGUUACAAUUAUGUUAAGUGAAAAAUGAAUAUAUAAAGGUGUCAUGAAGGAUAUGGAGAUCGCAGAGACGAAUUAGUUGAUAUUAUUACGGGUACAUGCGCCGCAUGGGAAUCCGGAGAUCAAUGGAAGAUUGACAAGAUGAUUCAGAUGGAGAUUUAUUUUAUAAACAGUACGAGGAAACAGCUCUCUGGAGCUUCUUGAGAGUUUUAUUCUCCAGUAACUCAACCCUGGAGGAAAGAUAUUGGUAAAAUACUGUCUUAAUAAUCCACAAGUUGCCAUUUUGUAGCUAUGAAUAAAUGUCUAUAAAUAAUGUUA